UGAGAACCGUCAAAAUGCUUCUUCUUAUUGUUUUGUUGUCUCUUGGAACGCUCGUGAGCGGCCAGGGUCGAUGUACCUUCUUCAAUCCAUGUCAGAAUGGCGCAACGUGUACCCUCAAGCCAGAUGGGAUUACCCCUUACUGUGAGUGCCCAACGGACUACCAGGGGGCCAACUGUGAAAAAGCCACGCCAACUCGCUGUAACAAGCCAAGCAAUCGCUAUGUCUUUGGCAAGAAAUCAGGUUACUUGAAGUCACCGAAUUUUCCGCAAACCUACCCGGAUAAUCAGGAUUGCUCCUACUUCAUCGGGACGGCAGACGCCAAGAAGAUCGAGUUGACUUUCGAGAACCUUGAGUUUGAGAGAGGCAAGGAUGAGUUGGCCAUCGGCUCGGGAAGUUCUGCCGACCCUGCUAGAGCUCUUCGUGUAUUUGAUCAGCAACGUUACAACCCAAUGCCAGCUCCUGUCGUAAUACAAGGCGACCGAGCAUGGAUGAACUUUUACGCCGAUAUGAACCGAGGAAUGAGUGGAUUCAGAGUAGGAUUUAGAGUCGAUGGGGAUGAAUGUAUCGGCAAUCCAUGCGCUGCAGAUGAGACAUGUAUUGACGGCGAAUACACCUACAGCUGCCAAAGAAGCUCUGGUGGCUCAUUUGGAGGUAAUACUGGAGGCUCAUUCGGAGGUGGUACUGGAGGCUCAUUUGGAGGUGGAGGCUCAACUGGAGGUGGUACUGGAGGCUCAACGGGAGGUGGUACUGGAGGCUCAACGGGAGGUGGUACUGGAGGCUCAUUCGGAGGUGGUACUGGAGGCUCAACAGGUGGUGGUACUGGAGGCUCAUUUGGAGGUGGAGGCUCAACAGGAGGUGGAGGCUCAACAGGAGGUGUUACUGGAGGCUCAACAGAUGGUGGUACUGGAGGCGGAGGCUCAACGGGAGGUGGUACUGGAGGCUCAUUCGGAGGUGGUACUGGAGGCUCAUUUGGAGGUGGAGGCUCAACGGGAGGUGGUAAUGGAGGCUCAUUUGGAGGUGGAGGCUCAACCGGAGGUGGUACUGGGGGCUCAACAGGAGGUGGUACUGGAGGUGGAACAAGAGGUGGUACUGGAGGCUCAUUUGGAGGUGGAGGCUCAACAGGGGGUGGUACUGCAGGCUCAACGGGAGGUGGUACUGGAGGCUCAACGGGAGGUGGUACUGGAGGUGGUACUGGAGGCUCAACAGGAGGUGGUACUGGAGGCUCAUUUGGAGGUGGAGGCUCAACGGGAGGUGGUACUGGAGGUGGAACAAGAGGUGAUGGCCUGUCGGGGGGUGGUGCUGGAGGCUCAUUUGGAGGUGGAGGCUCAACGGGAGGUGGUACUGGAGGUGGAACAAGAGGUGAUGGCCUGUCGGGGGGUGGUGCUGGAGGCUCAUUUGGAGGUGGAGGCUCAACGGGAGGUGGAGGCUCAGCGGGAGGUGGUACUGGAGGUGGAACCAGAGGUGAUGGCCUGUCGGGGGGUGGUGCUGGAGGCGCAGUGGGAGGUGGUGGGGGCGCAAAUGCUGUCCUAGGCGGAGUCAACAACGAUAUGUGGGGUUGCCAGAUCGACGAGGAUUUGUACGACCACGGCUACCAAUGGGACCUGACCAAGUGCUCCCACUGCUCCUGCAGUAAUGGGACUGCCCUCUGCACAUUUGAUACCUGUCCAGCGGUAAGCUGCCUCAUUGGGAUCCAGGCCGCGAGUGAAUGCUGUCGGGUGUGCCCUCCCGAGAGAUUCAUCCCGACUGCCACCAACUACGAGUGGGCAGCUGGCUCCGGUGCCAUUGUGAGCCGGAUUAACAACGAGAUGACUCUGAAUGUGGACAUUGGCUACGAUGUGGGACGCAGUUCCAAGGCCCUCUACGGCAAGCACCUGUGGAAGAUGACCGCCUACACCAAGAUAAAGGCCGAGAGCGGCGGAGGUCGCAUCAACGUGGUGGAUCAGCUUCUGGAGAAGAGGAAGGCCAACAAGAAGAUCACUGAUGGAAGUGCCCUCAACUUCAAUAAGCUGAAGUACAACUUAGAUCUGACUGACAGGAAUUGCGAUGACGUCGAAGAAGUAUGUGUGGAGUUCUCCAAAGGAGACAGACCCGUUAGAGAUUUCGACAUGACCCCAGAGCCUACUACAGCGGUUCUUAUCAGCUGCAAACCAAUCCCAUGUCCAGCCCCUCCAAAGAAACUAACGUGUUCCGAUGACAAGGGAAAUGAGUACCAAGAUGGGGAGGAGUGGAGCCCAGACUCCUGCACCAGCUGCACUUGCCACACUGGCCUCUCCGACUGUAUUACCGAAGAGUGCCCAGCCUUAGACUGUGUGGAGACCAUACCGGUCGAGGGUGAAUGCUGCGGGACUUGCUUGGUUGCGGAAGUGGGAGCAUGUAUUUAUGAUGAUGUGAGUAGGGCCAGUGGUUCUACAUGGCCUGCCAGCGACUGCGUUGACUGCCACUGUGAAAUGGGUAGCAUCACGUGUGAGUUCUUCGGCUGUACCUGUCCAGUGCCCCCAGAGAGCAAGGACUGUGGCGGCUACAAGGAUGGCGAUACGUGGUACCAGACCAACUGCCUCAAGUGUACUUGCACCGAGCGGGAGAUCGAAUGCGUUGCUGACAUCUGUGAACCCCUCGAUUGCGUCGAGACUGUGCAAGGAGAGACUGACUGCUGCCCAAGAUGCAAGGACGACCCAGCCAUAGAGCCACUGCCGUGCGUCCAGGGUGAGAACUCUUACUACCAUGGCCAGACAUGGAAGCUGAACGACUGCAUCGAUUGCUCAUGUAGCAAUGGAUUCACCAGCUGUGCAAAGACGGAAUGCAUCCCAGUGGAGGAGUGCGAGGGAGGAGUGGAGCCCACAGUCAGGGAAGGAGAGUGCUGUGUGGUCUGCCCAGAGGAUGAAGAGAAGGCGAUCGGUAAACCUUGCUUCCAAAACGGGAAACUCUACCCUCACGGCGACCUAUGGGACGUGGAUAGUUGUACAACGUGCACGUGCUUCAACUCCGAUAUCUCAUGUCAGGCUAUAGCGUGUGACAUACCCAUGUGUGUUGGGGAAAUUGAGUACAACGAUCCAACAUCGUGCUGUCCAUAUUGCAAAGAGGCACCCGAUUUCUGCGACUACAAGGGAGAGCAGUACUUGGAGGGACAAACGUGGAAGCCCAACUCUUGCCUCGAAUGUACCUGCGCUGCUGGUGUGGUUGACUGCGUACCAGAGGUGUGCGAACCACUGACGUGCGACGUCUACGUAGAAAAUCCAGACACCUGCUGUUUGACCUGCGGGGAAGAAACUGGCCCGCAGAACGUUACAGGCUGCGACUUUGAGGGCGAGACCUACGUCCAGGGAGAGAGGUUCUCCAAAGACCUCUGCAUCAACUGUAAAUGUGAUAAGGGUACAGUGCUGUGCACAAACCAACCUUGCCCGCGCGGAGUGGAUUGCCUGGUAGAGCUGGUCACACCGCCGGACCAGUGCUGUCCAGUUUGCCCAGAUCUGUUCUGCGUCGACCCUACCAGCAACAAAAGAAUCCAGAAUGGUGAAAGCUACAAGCCGGAUCCCUGCUCGACGUGUCUUUGCACAGACGGCUCUCUGUCCUGUUCUUUAACCAUCUGCUCGGGGGUAGAUCCUACUUGUCAACAAGCUCACACCCCAGAGGGAAAAUGCUGUGAAGUUUGCUCCACAGAUCUGGAGCAACGAUUGGAGUGCACACCAACGCCUGGUGUGACGUACCCAGACAAGGCCCAGUGGCGACCCAACGACUGCGAUGUGUGCAGCUGCGCCGACGGUAAAAUCCUCUGCGAAUCCAAGGAAUGCGCUGAACCACUCUGCGCUGAACCAGUCCCUGCUGUUGAAGGGGAAUGCUGUGAAACAUGCCCAACCGACGAGCCCUGUACCGAUCAAUUCGGAGAAGUACAUCAAGAUGGCGACUCGUGGAAGCCGGUUAACAACCCGUGCGAGACCUGCCGGUGUACCGCUGGGUUGCUGACCUGUGUUCUCCAGUCAUGUGACCUCUUGGAAUGUGAGGACCAGGUCACCGCCGACGGAGCUUGCUGUCCAACGUGUGCUCAAGAACCCGUAGGAAUACCCUGCGAGUUCAAGGGUAAUAUGUACCAGGAAGGCCAACAGUUCCAGAAGGGUCCAUGCACCAAUUGUUUCUGCAGUGAGGGCGUGAUCAGCUGUACUGAGGUAUCCUGCAAGCCAUUGACUUGUAGCAAUGCCAUCCUCAGGGACGGGAAAUGCUGCAAGGAGUGCCCAGCUGAGCCUUGUGUCACAAAGAAGGGCAUUUAUUCCCAUGGUCAGGAGUGGCAGGAGGAUGAAUGUACAACAUGUACCUGCCUGGGUGGAGCCUCCACUUGUACGACCCAGACCUGUCCAGUGUUGAACUGUACUGCACAGGAUGUCGAGGGAGCCUGCUGUCCACAGUGUGCUGGUGAAACCCCAUGUGAAUCCGAAGGAAAGACCUACGUCGAAGGACAAACUUGGACGCCAGCAAACCCCUGCAAGCUCUGUCAGUGUGACAGCGGCCGCACAGUGUGCACCGAAGUCCAAUGUGCGCCCGUCAGCUGUACCAACCCUGUACUAAGGGACGGCGAGUGCUGCAGUUCCUGCGUUGAACCUGGCUUCUGUGAGAUCGACGGACAGCGGUACACCGUGGGCGAGACCUUCAACCCAACACCCUGCAAGAGUUGCCGAUGUGGUAAAGAUCUAACCCUGAUGUGUGAUGUGAUGGCCUGCGAUCUCGCACCGUGUGACAUCCCAGUCAUCCUAGAGGGAGCCUGCUGCCCGACGUGUAACGAGACUGCCAAAUUCUGCACCCACGAGAGCACUGUUUACCCCGACGGCUCCAGGUUCUCUCUGGAGAAGUGUUCCUCUUGUGUCUGCGAUACUGGAAGCAUCUCAUGUAACCUCGAUGCUUGCCCUACUCUUGACUGCAAGGUGCCCCCAAUCUUGAAAGAUGGCGAUUGUUGCCCGACUUGCCCAGAGCCCGGACCAGUCUGUACUCUGAAGAAUGAGACGUACAAGGAGGGAGAGCGAUGGAGAACCACGGACUGCACCGAGUGCUGGUGCAAGAAGAGCAAGAUACGAUGUGCUGACAUUGCCUGCAUGGAGGUUUUGGAAUGUGACAACCCAAUGAAGGUGGAGGGAAAAUGCUGUCUGGAAUGUGCUGAGCCUGCCCCAGCUCCAGGCUGCAAGGCCGACACCGGCCUUGCCUACCAAGAUGGCGCCAGGUGGUACUCUGAUUGUAGCUUCUGCUCCUGUCUGGAUACUACCGUAUCUUGCGUCACUCCUAUCUGCCCACGUCUCACCUGUGAAGAUCAAGUCACUCCCGAAGGGGAAUGCUGCCCCAUCUGUGUUGAGGUGUCAAUGGCAUGUGAAGUGGCUGGCAUCAUGUUCAAUCACAGGGACUACAUCCGAAUCAAUGAGUGCAUAGACUGCCUGUGCAUCGACGACGCAAUCAGCUGCCGCAACUACGUGUGCCCGGUGCCCGAGUGCGACAACGCCGAAAAGGUACCCGGCGAAUGCUGCCCUCAAUGUCCAGAAGAUCCUGGUUUCCCCCUACCCCAAGACCUUGCUUGUGAACUCAGCGGUGACAGGUCCUAUCCUGACGGCUCAUUCUUCGAGCCCAAUGACUGCUUGUUCUGUAAUUGUGUCCGUCGCUCCACCGUCUGCUACCAGAAGCCCUGCGAGGCUAAGAUGUGUGACGAACAGGGAGAGGUGCAGCUGGACGGAGAGUGCUGUACUACAUGUAGAUCUGAUGUCAAACAGUGCGUUGUUGACGGUACGACCUACAGCCACGACGACAGAUGGCGUGUCGGUGACUGCAAGGAAUGCUUCUGUAAGAAUGGUGUUGUGGUCUGCUCAGAUCUCAUCUGCCCUGUCACCAACUGCACUGAACCCAUUAAGGUGGAGGGAACUUGCUGCGGCACCUGCCCAGAUACACCCAUCGGAGAGGUGUGUGACGUCGAGGGAAUGUCAUACUCUAACGGCCAACAGUGGCGCAAGAACAAAUGCACAGUAUGCUCAUGCGAUGAGGGUAUGGUAAAAUGCACAGCCGAUCAGUGCCCACAACUGGACUGUGAAUACCCAAUAGCUGUGAAGGGGAAAUGCUGCCGUGUAUGUCCAGAGGAUGCCAAACCCUGUGAGAUCGACGGCAAGACGUACAAGAAUGGUGAGCGCUUCCGUGACACAGGAUGUCUGGAAUGCAUCUGUGAUGACGGAGUCAAGACCUGUAACCAGAAGAACUGCCCUGUCGCUAAAUGUAGGACCGGCAACCCGUUGACUGUGGAGGGUGAAUGCUGCGAACAAUGCCCAGGCGACGUUGGUCGUUCCUGCGAGAUGAACGGUUUGAAGUAUUCCAACGGCCAGCAGUGGGCACAGGACGACUGCACCGUGUGUAAAUGCAAACAGGGACAGGUUGAGUGUGACUUCAAGGCUUGCCCACGGGUGGAAUGCGCUGACCCCAUCCUACUGGAAGGAGAAUGCUGCCAGAAAUGCCCAGAGGACCUGAUACCUUGCGAUGUCGACGGAGAGAUGAAACCAGCCGGUCAGAUCUGGCGUUCAGGAGAGACAGCAGAAGGAGUGACAGCAGAAUCAUGCGAGAGAUGCACCUGCAAGAAGGGCGAGACAAGCUGUGUGGUGGAGGACUGCCCGACACCAGCAUGCGAGGAGCCUCUGGUAUCUGAGGAUGGGUGCUGCACCACAUGCCCUGAAAAACCAUUCUGUAAGUUCCGUGGCUACGAGUUCGCCCAGGGACAGACGUGGAAGAAAGACGACUGCACCACCUGCCAGUGCGUUGAUGGAGCCACCAUCUGCGAUCCUGAGAUUUGCUCAGAGCCCGAAUGCACAGAGUUUGUCAUGAUCGAAGGUGAAUGCUGCCCUCGUUGCCAAGAUGACUCUAUGCCAUGUACGGACGGUGAGACUGAUUACGAACACGGCACAAGCUGGAAGGCCACAGAGUGCAGUCAAUGCAGCUGCGAUAAUGGUAACAUCGCCUGCACGUUACAGACCUGCCCUGUAGUCACAUGCGACACUCCGACCCAAGAGCCUGGUGAAUGUUGCGAAAAGUGCCCUGGUGACCCCAAGACCUGCGAUACACCAAAGGGAGUGCUCAACAAUGGCGAGACCUACAAGGAUGGAGUCUGCACGACGUGUACCUGUGUGGACGGAGAGAGCAAAUGCCAAGAGGAGAAUUGCCCCAUCCUGACCUGCGCCAAUUCACGCAAGGUGGAAGGAGAAUGCUGCAGGAAGUGCCCAACUGAUACUCUUCCCUGCUUGGUUGAGGGAAUUUCCUACAAGCACAAAGAGGAAUGGAAGCCCAGUUCCUGCAUCUACUGCAGCUGUGCCAACGGAACAGUGGACUGCGCUGAGCAUACGUGUCCAGAGCCUGAGUGCAACGAGCCAAUGGUCAUCACUGAUCCAGAGACCAAUGAGGAGCAAUGCUGCAGGGUGUGCCCCGGAGUUGUCCCCGGCCUUGUGUGCAAACAAAACGACAAGACUUACUCCAACAAAGAGGAAUGGCGUGUGGACGAUUGCACCACGUGCACCUGUAACGACAGCAUAGUGAAGUGUAGCAGCGAGAGUUGUCCUGUUGCUGAGUGCACUGAGGGUGAGCCCAUGAAGCAGGCAGGAAAAUGCUGCAAGGUGUGCCCAGAGGAUGCCAAGCCAUGUAUCGUCAACAACAAGACCCAAGAUCAUCUGACCAGAUGGGCUGACAAUGAGUGCCGCACCUGUUUCUGCGACAACGGACGCACCAGCUGUGAUGUGCAGGACUGCCCAACGCUAGAGUGUGAGAACCCAAACAAGCAGGAAGGAAAAUGCUGCCCUCAAUGUCCAGAUGUGAGACCGACCCGAGACUGCACAUACAAGAACAACCACUACCCCCACAGCUACCGAUGGAACCCGGACCUAUGCCAGACGUGCUUGUGUCAUGAUGGUACCGUCCGUUGUAAGGCAGUCAAGUGCCCAGAACUCACGUGCGAAGGGUUCCAGGUCAGCACAGGAGAGUGCUGCCCAUUGUGUGAAGAGGACACAGAGUCUUGUGUCGAUAAGAGCGGUACAGAGUAUCUUCAUGGAGAGCAAUGGACAGUCAGCGACUGUGAGCGUUGCUCAUGCCUUGAUGGAGACAUUACAUGCGACACCCGAGUCUGCCCUGAGCCUACAUGCACCGACACCAUUCCGGUGGAAGGAGAUUGCUGUGACAUGUGUGCAGGUGAACCGGCAGAGACCAAGGGUCCCUGUGUGCACAAAAACCGCGAGUAUAAAGACGGAGAAUGGUGGGAGCUGGACGAAUGCAAGGUGUGCACCUGCGAGGACAGCGUUACUGUCUGUAAAUUCAAGGUCUGCCCUCGCUUGACCUGCGAAGGAGAUCCGGUCGACGUUGAAGGAGAGUGCUGUCCUGUCUGCCCAUCAAAUGCCGAAGCCUGUACCUUCAACAACACAAUGUACGAGCACGGCUCCACCUGGGCAGCCUCCAAAUGCUCUGACUGCACCUGCAACGACGACACAGUGUCAUGUGACCACUCAGUGUGCCCGGAAUUGACAUGCGAGGAGACAGAGGAUGUCGGACAAUGCUGUGAGCAAUGCAAAGGAGAUGAGCCGUUGGACACCUGCACUUACUUUGGCCGAACGUUCAAACACGGUUGGUUCUACCGCACCAGCAACUGCAAGAAGUGUACGUGCAACGAUGGUGACUGGGAUUGCAAGACCAAACUGUGCCCAGAGCUGACCUGUGAGGACCCUGUGGACGUCGAGGGUUCAUGCUGCAUGGAGUGCCCAGAAAACACCCAAUCCUGUGAGGUGGACGGUGACGUGUAUGAACACGGAGUGAAAUGGAGCGAGAAUGUCUGCAUCGACUGCCAAUGCGACAACAGCCAGCUGACGUGUGAUGCCCAGAGCUGCCCAGACCUCGAUUGCAGCGAACCGGUUUAUCUGGAGGGUGAAUGCUGUUUGGUGUGUGAAGGUGUUCUUCCGCUCCAGGCCUGCCGAUCUGGCCACGACAAGUUCAAGAACGGUGCAUUCUGGCACCCAGAUGAAUGCACGAUGUGCACGUGUGCCGACGGUGACAUCCAUUGCCAGAGGGAGGAAUGCCCACGCACAAACUGUGACGACCCUGUUCUCGUUGAGGGUGAAUGCUGUGAGAAAUGUCCAGAGGAUAUGUCACCAUGCGUGUUGGAUGGCAACCGUGACCAACGUGCCCACCUAGAGACAUGGCGUGUGGACGACUGCGAGACCUGCGAGUGCAACAACGGCAACAUUGCCUGCAACACGCAGUCAUGCCCUACUGUUAGCUGUGAAGAGCCAGUGGUACCUGCAAACCAAUGCUGUGCUGUCUGCCCAGAUCCUGAGACCAAGGCUGUGGAGGAGCCCAAGAACUGUACCGUCAAGGGAGAAAUCUAUCAGCACGGCGAACGCUGGGAGAAGGACGAGUGUAAAUACUGCAUGUGCAACGACGGUAGAGUGGAUUGUGAAUCGCCACCAUGUGACGCCCUGGACUGCACCGACCCCAUUAAGGUGGACGGAGAAUGCUGCAUGAGAUGCCCUGAGGACGCACAAGCUUGCGUGACACCAGUCGAUGUGGAGCACCCACACGGCGAGAAGCACCCUCACGGCGAGAAAUGGAACGAAGGAGACUGCAAGACAUGCAGAUGCAACAACGGACAGACAGAUUGCAACGAGCUCAACUGCCCAUCACCAGACUGCAGUAACCCUAUCACCGUGCCGGGACAAUGCUGCAAGCAGUGCCCAGGUGACAAGCCAUUUGAGACCUGCGUAAUGGAUGGUGAAGAAUUCCAGCAUGGAGAAUGGUACGACGACGGACCAUGCAAGACCUGCCAGUGCAACAAUGCCAAGAUGGAGUGCAAGACAGAGAGCUGCCCCGUACUGAGCUGCUCAGAUCCUGUAAAGGUCAAGGGUCAAUGCUGCAAAGUCUGCGUUGAUGACUUCAAAUCGUGCACAGGAAAGGACGGUGCUAAGCAUAAGCACACUGAGGACUGGAAGGAGGGUGACUGCACAACAUGCGUCUGUAUCGAUGGAACCACCUCGUGUGAAGCCCUCAGCUGCCCCGCUCUCACCUGCUCAUCACCGGUUAGAGAUGAGGGCAAAUGCUGCCCUCGUUGUCCAGCUGAUCCACAGCCCAAGACCUGUCAACUCAAGAGUGGCGUAGAGUACGUCUCAGGCCAGUCUUGGCCCAAGGGACCGUGCAGGACAUGUACCUGUGAGUCUGGUAACAAGCUGUGCGAGACAGACACGUGCCCUGAACUGACAUGUGAGGAUCCAGAGGAGGUUGGAGACGAGUGCUGUAUGAGAUGCCCAGAUGACAUUCCCAAAUGUCUCGUCGAGGAAGGCACAGAGUACAAGCACGGUGAGACCUGGCAGCCAGGAGAUUGCACAACAUGUGAAUGCUUUGAGGGUACCGAGAUCUGCGUAGACAAACUUUGCCCUGAUCCAGCGUGCCAGAAUCCCGUCAAUGUGGAUGGAGAAUGCUGCCCUCAAUGUCCAGGUGUACCCUCUCCCAAGUCCUGCAAGCAUGGCGACGACACCAAGGCCCACGGAGAUACAUGGCAAGUGUCACCCUGCAAGUCAUGCAGCUGCACCAACGGUAGAGUAGACUGCGACGCAGAGGUCUGUCCAACACUCACAUGCAACGACAAAGUCCGCAUCGCAGGAGAAUGCUGCAGGAAGUGCAAAGAAGACGCUAAAGACUGCGCCAGCACAACUCCCGAAGGUGACCCGUACAAGAGCGGUGAGUCCUGGACCAACCCAGACGAUCCCUGCGAGACGUGCACAUGCUCAGAUGGCUCAGAGAUUUGCACAACAAGUGCCUGCGCCGCCGCUGAUUGCGAGGAUCCCAUCGCUGAGGAGACCGAAUGCUGCCCUCGUUGCCCAGAUGACCCUGAACCCAAAGCCUGCCAGUACCAGGGUGCGGAGGUACCACACGGUGAGCUGUGGGUGGUCAACCCAUGCAAGUCCUGCAAGUGUGAAUUCGGCAAAGUCAACUGCUUCACUGAGUCCUGCUCGACGCUCACCUGCUCCAAUAAGGUCAAAGUGCCAGGACAGUGCUGCAGAAUUUGCGUCGAUGAGCCAGAUGAGGGCUGUACUACCGAGGACGGUCGCAAGAUGCAGACUGGGGAGUCUUUCCGAAGGUCACCCUGCUCAAAAUGUACCUGUUUCUUGGGCUCUCUGGAAUGCGACAUGACGCUCUGCCCCGAACUGGAAUGCCAGGAUCAGGUCAACGACCACGACGAAUGCUGCCCCAGAUGUACCGAUGAACCCAAGGCAAUGGCUUGCACAUUCCAGGAUAAUACAUACAUCAGCGGAGAGUCCUGGCAGAAGGGACCAUGUAAGACGUGCAGCUGCGAGGAUGGCAAGAUAAACUGCGACAAUGAGGCUUGCGAGGAGGUAACCUGCUCGGACCCAAUAAGGAUCAAGGACGAGUGCUGCAUGAAGUGCCCAGAUGAGAUUGCCCAACCUUGCGUCGUGGAAGCGACGGGCGACACUUACGACCACGAGACAAGCUGGAAGAAGAGCGAUUGCGUCACGUGCGCCUGCGACAACGCAGCGGUCACCUGCACCAAGGAGCUGUGCCCAUCACAGGAAUGCGAAGAGCCGGUCUUUGCGGAUGGCGAAUGCUGCAGCACAUGCCCUGGCGAGCUCAAAGCGAAGGCUUGUACCACUAAAUACGGAGAGAAGAUGCGCCACGGGCAGAGCUGGAGAAAGAGCCCCUGCAGGGUGUGUACCUGUGACAAUGGAGAUAUACGAUGCGACAAGGAGACGUGCCCCAAACUGGACUGCGAGAGACCACUGCGACGCGAGGCCGAUGAAUGCUGCCGCAAAUGCCCACCAGACCCAGAGUCUGCCUGCACUGCUGAGGAUGGCACCGUCUACAUGCCACGUGAUACCUGGAGUCCAGAGCCAUGCACUUCUUGUGAGUGCACCGAGUCCGGAGGUGUACAGUGCUCAAUGAAGGAAUGCCCCAUGCUGGAGUGCGAAAGUCCGCUCACUGCUGUGGAAGUCGAGGGUGGGUGCUGUGAACUUUGCGGUGACCCAAGUGCGCCUAUCCCUCUGAUCCACUGUGCUGCAAACCGCAAAGAUGGGGACACCUGGACACCACAGCCGUGCGUCUCUUGCACCUGCACCCAGGGAGAAAUUAUGUGUGAAUCGGAGACUUGCCCAUCCUUGGACUGUCAGGACGUCACCAAGAAAGCCGAUGAAUGCUGCGCCAAAUGCAAAGCUGAUGUGUUGAAGAAGUGCAAGGACAGCGAAGGCAAGAGCCGCAAGCAGGAUGAGGUCUGGAGACCCAAGGACAAUAACUGCGAGGAGUGCACAUGCGACAGCGGCAUGACAGAGUGUCGACCAAUCGAAUGCACCGCUGAUAUCACAUGCAACAACCCACAAACCGAGGCUGGCAACUGCUGCCCCGUCUGUCCAGGUGAAGAAUUGACAGAUUGUGUGCUCAGCACGGGAGAGAAGUUGAACCACGGUGAGACCAUUAAGACGGACGAUUGUAACACGUGUACGUGCAACAACGGGAACUCAGACUGCCAAGAGGAAACGUGUCCAGUACUGGACUGCGAGAGAUUACAGAAGGUGGAAGGAGUGUGCUGCAAGACCUGCAAACUCAAACCAGGCGAGGGUGACUGCCACUUCAACAGCACAACCUACAAGUCUGGAGAUACUUUUGAUGAUCCAGCAGACUCAUGCCUGCUGUGUCGUUGCACCAUGUCAGAGAUUGCAUGCGGGGAGCCUGGAGUGUGCCCAGUACCGGAAUGUGCAUCACCAUACCUCGAGGAAGGAGGUUGCUGUCCAGUGUGCCCAGAUGUUGCUAUUUGCAACUAUGAGAACAAGCUAUACCAGACUGGUGAGACAUGGAAACCUACAGACUGCGAGAGUUGUGAAUGCGUCAACGGAGAGGUCAUGUGCUUGGUCGAGGACUGUGCCCCUGUACAAUGCGACUUGGAUCUCGUCACCAUCCCGGGCAAAUGCUGUCCACAGUGCCCAACCAACUUCAGACAGUGUAUGCAGAAGGAUCGCAUGUACAACCACGGAGAGAGAUGGACCCAGCCGACUGACGUGUGCGUGGAUUGCUUCUGUGAUGACUCUGCUAUCUGCUGCGAGCACGUCGAGUGUCCAGAACCGGAAUGCCAGAACCCAGUCACGGCACCGGGAGAAUGCUGCGCUAGGUGCAAUUUGGAGCUCAGGGAGUGUGUACUCGACUUUGGUUUAGGCACCUACCAACACGGUGACACCUGGGAUAAUGACUGCUCUACGUGCGAGUGUGUCGACGGAGAGGUAAAAUGUGGCCCAGUUGCAUGCCCGGCGCUGUUCUGCGAGAACCCCGUUACAGAGCCAGGACAAUGCUGUCCGAAAUGUGGAGCCGGCUGCUUCCAUCGUAACACUGAGCACCAGAGUGGUGAGACGUGGGCGGAUCCAAUCCAGUCGUGCAUCUCCUGCACGUGUUCAAACGGUUUUGUAUCAUGUGGACCAACAGACUGCUCUCUAGUAACGUGUCUUGAUCCAAUUACAGUCCCAGGAGACUGCUGUGGAACAUGUCCAGAUGUAAGCUUCGGCAGAACUCGUCUAGAGCUGUACGGCGUCACCAACAACUACGGCCUGAAACUGGAAGUCGACAUACAAAACAUCGAGCGCAACAUCCAGGGCACCGAAAUCUGGAGAGUCAAACUCUGGAGCGCGACACGCUCAAACGGCGGGGGCGCUAAGACAGAAAUCAUCAAGCAGGCAUUGAACAGCGAUCAAGCCAGUCAGAUGAUCGGGGUCGGCGAUGACAAACUGCGUUUCGAAGCGCUGGAGUACGUCCGUGAUCUCGGCAAUCUGCCCUGCCAUUCCUACCCUUACGUCUGCGCCGAGUUCUACAUGACGCGUGCCGGCUAUGACUUGUACACCACCAGCACUCUUUUCGGCGAUGAGAUUUCUACCAUUUGCCUGGAGGCGUGUUAGGAAAAACAUCUGUUGAUCAUUCCUUUGAUUUAAUAAACAAAUGCUUUUCAUAACGUGUUCAAAUAAAAUGAUUAGAGAUUGCUUUUUUGGGGGGGGGGGUAAUGAUAUUGAAUCCCAAAGGAAAUUUUCACCAGAUAUAAACUUCUUUUUUUUUAAGAGUAACUUUCAAUAAUUUUACAAAUGUUUCACAAUAAUUUCCACAGAUAUUUUCACAAAAAGUUAACGAAUGAAAUGGACACAUAGCUGAUCUAACAAUAGAUUGAAAUGUAUGUACUCAUUUAUUUUGUACACAUUAUUUGACACUUUUAAUAUACAAAGAAAAUAUACCGAGCACACUGGUAUUAAAGAGUCUGCUAGGAUCAACAUGUGAGGUCACUAAAACUUCUUUGCACUUUUAAUACAUAUUUUGACAAUCAAUGAACAUUUUAUUCUUGAACAUUCAGUGUAACGUGUGCCAUUUUCCUACGAUAUGUAAAGUAUUUACGUUUUAGAGAAUCAGUACGUAGUCUAUUUUCUUGUUUGUUGCUUUCAAAUAAUAUGUACAGUGAUCUUUGUUGUGUUUUCAGCCCCUCUGAUUUAGAAAAUUUUUAUAAAGAUAACAUGAGUAGUGAUCACAAUGAUCACAAAGGAAACGUCAUUCAGUAAAAAUGGAUUCCUAUAUCAGAUUAAGGCACAAUCAGAUCUUGUUCUGUAAUUUCUUCAGUAAUUCUCAAGAAUUUUUUAAAAUUUUUCUUCAAAAAGGGUAAAAAAUGCCUAAAACUUGAUGAUCUGGACACCUUAAAUACAGUUGAUGGAAGUACAUGUACAUGUACACAUUUGCCAAAACUAUUUUUUGUUGUAUCCCACCACUGCCACCGUAUUUCCAGAGAAAGGAAACAACUUGGAAAUUAUCUAAUGCUAAAACAUAUUUCUCAUUCAGCAAUCUGUUUUUACAGAAGUAAUACUUUAGCCAUAAGUACCCCUCUUGUUUAAAAACAAAUUUUCAAAUUUCUAUCGUAAAUAUUUUCUCGUUUCUUUUUUAAAUAAGCCAUCAGGGGCGAUGUUUUUUAAGGUUUUCAUACUUUAUUGAAUUGCUGUUGUACUGUUCAGGAAAACUAAACAUCCAUUUUAACGAGUGUAAACAUGUAUUUUGUGAAAUGUUAUUGUAAUAAACAGUUUCUGGGAACAGGAACAAAAAACACAA